ACAGGAAUCUCAUCCAUCUCCACAGACAUCCCGCUGCUCUCGAGCACAGCCAAUCCUCGUCCACCGUACAAUACCGUUGCGCAUCUUUGCCAGCCCCAUCUAUUCCAACCAUGUCCCUGUUUAAUCUUAUCGGCAAGGUCGCCGUCGCCUAUGUCGUCUACCGCUGGUGGUCCAACCGCCAGGCCAAGCAACAGGAGCCCUGCGAAUACCCUUGUUGCCAAGGCAAGCAGAAAGGUCCGUGCCGUUCCCGCCACCCACACAAGCGCCCGGGCCAGGAGCAAGGCCAGGAGCAGGGCCGCUGCAUCCGCCUCGCUGCCGAUGGCAAGUGGAGCGAGCAGGAUUGGGACAACUGCCUCAGCCACAUCCGCGCCAAGGCCUCCGAAGCCAUCCCUCCAUUCGUCGACUGGGUCGAACAGAACAUCAAGCCUGCGGUCGUGUCAUCGGAGCAGAGCAUCCAGCAAAACAGCUCCGAGUUCCAGGCCAUUUCUCUCCCCGACCGUCUCACCCUCAUUGUUGAAGCCCCUGGCUUCCUGCGCGAAGAUAUUGACAUCACCCUCACCGACGACACCCGUGUGCUCUCCGUCAAGGGUCAGGCCCAGUCCAGAGUGGUUUCCGACAAGCGCCUCGAUCUGCAGUACACUUUGCCCCAGAACUCGGACAUCCAGCGCAUGACCGCCAAUCUCGACCACGGCCUCCUCCUCAUCGAUAUUCCCACCUUUGCGCCUCCAACCGUCAGCACCACCACGAUCCCCGUGUCCGAGUCCAAGGCCGGCAACCUGUACCCAACCCUCCCCGAGCUCUAAAUGUGCCAUCGCAAUGCUCGCUGUGCUGGCUAUCGUGGAUCACGCAGCCCAGUCGCCCGAAUCCUCAUGUAUCUAUCCCCUCCCCUCUCUUCCAGUUUUGUUAAUUGCUCCUUAAUCUGAAUAAAAGAUGUUCAGAUACCGCAA